UCUGUUAAAUCUUCAAGAUAGAAAGCAGCUCCUUAUGGUAAUUUUGUAUGGGUACCCGCAAAAUAUUUUGCGGUGUAUGAUUAAUUGACAAAGGUAGACAAUAAUAUCUCCUUCUGUGUCAGAUUCCGUGUGGUGGGGUCUCCACGAUUUGCAAAUCCACCUCACCUCCUCUAUCUCGAGAACUCCUAUCUUGAGGUCUACCCAUUGUUUUGCCAGAGAACCUUUCAUAACCCUUCAAGUGCACUGGCGCCACUGUAGUUCUGAAUUUUAACUUGUGGCGGCGCUACUCGCUCAAAUUUAAACACGAGACCCACAAAUAACCUGUGCGCCCUCUUAUCUGAACUGUAAGCGGAAGUACUUCAUACAGGACGACAGUGUACAGAACGAUGGCUCACCGGCUGCUAGUCCGUAGAAUUUGGACCCUCUCAGUAAAAGACCUUCGCUGUCUCCCGGCCUCCACCUCCUCCUUUUCUACCUCCCUGCGUUCCUCCACUACCCCUCUAUCCUUCCUUUCCCCCAAACACACUCUGCCCCGCUCCCUGCCCCACACUUCCCGCAGAGAGGUCUCCUUCAAUGUGCAGGACCAUGAGGACUUCACAGAGAGAGUCAUCAACAGUGAGCUGCCUGUGCUUAUUGACUUCCAUGCCCAGUGGUGUGGUCCCUGCAAGAUACUGGGGCCAAGAUUAGAGAAAGCUGUCGCCAAACAGAACGGCAAAGUUGCCAUGGCAAAGGUCGACAUAGACGAUCACACAGACUUGGCCAUUGAAUAUGGGGUAUCGGCGGUCCCCACGGUAAUCGCCAUGCGAGGAGGCGACGUCAUCGACCAGUUUGUGGGAAUCAAAGAUGAUGAGGCGCUGGACUCGUUUGUCAGCAAGCUCGUUGGACAAUGAACAUGUCAAUCACAUCCCUGUGUUCCAACCACUUAUGACCCCAUUGUUGUCUGAGCCUGGCCUGGUCUUCAGCGCUACAUGACCAUGAUGAACCUGUUAAAACAACUAACAACCCACCCACCACCUGACCACAACCCCACCUGACAAACAGGCACAUGCUCACACCCAUCCCUAAACUCUCUGCUUUGUAUUAUUCUGUCUGUCUAUUGUCUAGUGAUGGGUGUGUGCUUGUGUGAACUUCAAUUCCCCUCUUUAUACUCAUAUAUUGCUUCCAUCUUGCAGCGGUUUCCUCCCUCCAUCAACCUGUAAUGUAAUGGCCCCAACCUGUAAUGUAAUGGCCCCACCCUGUGGAAACUGGUAGAGCAGCCUGAGCCAGUGUGUACCAGUUUACUACAAUAUAUUGUUUAGGGUGGGCGACUACACUGCUGUACUUUAUUGCAUUGUACCGGGACAAGUCGUUUAGUAUUAAGUGGGGAGGGACGUUAACAGGAAAGGUGAUAUUGGUGAAUGAGCUGUGAUGUCUCUCUUUGCAGUUCCUGCUUUAGUCCACUCGAGGGCGUCCUUCCCCUAGCAUUGUAGGCUGCACGGUCAUUUUACACCAUUAUGCCUAAUGUGAGAGUGGAAUGUGUCUAUGGAUGUAUCUAUGAGUUUCUCGGUCUGUCUCUUGGUUUUGACGGAGAAAUUUGAGAUAAGUGGGAAACACAAAUAUGGUUAUAUAGGUUUGAUUUAGAUUUUAUUUCAAUAAACUAUGUAAUAUGACCAAGAGAAUAAAUAAAGGAUAUUAAAGGUU